GCAGCUUUUUCACCGCUCACCUGUGCCAGAGAGUCCGAAAUGAGAUCUCAGGUGCGUUCUGGGUAAGCGGUAGAGACGUCGGAAGAUAGUGCGCGUGUUCGUGGCGGAAAGAAUUGGAUUAAAAACAAAAAGAAGCCAUAUUUCUGCGUAGAGACGCGCUACCGAUUCGGUUCCUCCUCCAUGCUUAAGUCAGCGAGCUUUGGUAUGGCGGCUUGCGCCCCCGGGAACCGCUUUAACGGCGGAUACACCACCAACACCACCAUCACCACCACCAGCAGCAGCAGCAGCAGCACCGCGCCCGCUCCGCCUCCGGCUCCUGCGCACAAGGCCAAGCAGAAAGGCUUCUGCCUGGUCAGGAUGAUGAAUCUGAACGGUAAAAAAGGGAACGCAGAUCCCCGGAAACAGCAGCACCAGCACGGCACCGUGCCCUUCAUCAUUCACUGCCACAUCGGUAAAGAAAUCAAGCACAUCUGCGGGAACUGCAGCCGCGCCACCGACGCGCAAGACGGUGAGUCGCUCCAUGCUGCGGCGCAACCACCACCAUCACCACCACCAUCACCAUUCCCAAUCCAAUCCCCGUCCUUCAUCUUCACCAGCACUGAAAUCCCCCCUGAAGUAAUCCAGCGUCUGAUGAUCUCGGACACGGUUGUGGAGCGUAUGCGGUUCCACCGAAGGCGCUAG